UGGGCGGGGCUUGUGCUGCACGGACUUGGUUAGCUAGUUACCUGCCGCAAGCACUGAUGUUUACUAUCAAUCCUUUCAGUUUUAAUGUGAUGAGGCACUUUCAAAGCUCAGAAUGAAUUGAUGUAAAUUUCUGAGACUGUUUGUACUUUAGGCUGGGUGCUUAUGAUAGUUUUCAGUGAGGAAUAAAUCGUGCUGCAUGUCAGUGCUCUAUCAUAAGGACUGCAGUUGGCCUCUUGGUCCAAGCUGCAUGAGAUCUGCUGCUCCUGCACUUCCGGUCAUGUUUAUUUCAUAACGAUGGCGUCAAGGAGUACAACUGGGAACUAAAUGACUGUCAGAAAUAUCGCCUCCAUCUGUAAUAUGGGCACCAAUGCCUCUGCUCUGGAGAAAGACAUUGGUCCAGAGCAGUUCCCCAUUAAUGAACACUACUUUGGAUUGGUCAAUUUUGGGAACACGUGUUACUGUAACUCAGUGCUGCAGGCGCUGUAUUUCUGCAGGCCUUUUAGGGAGAGCGUGCUGGCCUACAAGGCACAACAGAAGAAGAAGGAGAACCUGCUGACCUGCCUGGCUGACCUUUUCCACAGCAUUGCCACCCAGAAGAAGAAGGUGGGAGUCAUCCCGCCUAAGAAGUUCAUCUCUCGCCUGAGAAAAGAAAAUGACCUGUUUGAUAACUACAUGCAGCAGGAUGCUCAUGAGUUCCUCAACUACCUGCUGAACACGGUGGCAGACAUCCUGCAGGAGGAGAAGAAACAGGAGAAACAAAACGGCCGGCUGAAGAACAACGGAAGCACCGUCACUGCCGAAUCUGAGACCGAGAACAAGACCGAGUCCACCUGGGUGCACGACAUCUUCCAGGGUACGCUGACCAAUGAGACGCGCUGCCUCAACUGCGAGACGGUAAGCAGUAAAGACGAGGACUUCCUGGAUUUGUCUGUGGAUGUCGAGCAAAACACUUCAAUAACACAUUGUCUCAGGGACUUCAGUAACACGGAGACGCUGUGCAGUGAGUAUAAGUACUACUGUGAAACCUGCUGCAGCAAGCAAGAGGCCCAGAAACGCAUGCGAGUGAAGAAGUUGCCCAUGAUCUUGGCCCUGCACCUGAAACGCUUUAAGUACAUGGAGCAGUUGCAGCGCUACACAAAGCUGAGCUACCGCGUGGUCUUUCCGCUCGAGCUGCGUCUCUUCAACACGUCCGCCGACGCCGUCAACCUCGACCGCAUGUAUGACCUCGUGGCUGUGGUGGUACACUGUGGCAGUGGGCCAAACAGAGGACACUACAUAACGAUAGUGAAGAGUCAUGGCUUCUGGCUGCUGUUUGAUGAUGACAUCGUGGAGAAAAUUGAUGCACAGGCAAUAGAGGAGUUCUAUGGUUUGACUUCUGACAUCUCUAAGAACUCUGAGUCAGGAUACAUCCUUUUUUAUCAGUCCAGAGAGUGACAGGAUCAGACGAUGAAUAAAGAGCAAAAAAGAGCAAAGGAUGGAAAUUAGGGGACAAAACAAACGGAAGAAAUGUAGUUCAAUCACUAACACCAAGCAGUCCACAGCCCACUCUCACACACUCACACUCUCACACUCAGGAGUAAUUUCUGAAAGCUGUGCCAAUAGCACCCUGACCUCAUUUUUGCCAAUACUACAUUUCCCAGAAUCCCCUCCUCUACAUCAUCACUGCACUCUGAGGGGGGGGACUGUGUGUUGGGGUGGGGGUGAGGGUGGGGGGAUGCAUCAGAACUGACCCUCAGUCAGUCACCUGCAUAUGGAAGGCACUUUACGAACAAAAAGCAUCAAAAUACAUAGUGACAAACACUACAAAAACAGCAAAAGAACAACAUAUUGAAUGACAUCACUCUUGUCAAGACCUUGAAAGGAAGGAAUCGAAUCACUAUAAUAUCAGCAUCUAGCCGUCGGGAACUUUGGGAAUCGUCCACUCCCAGAUCUGAGUCCUCAUUCAGAGAGAGGCCUUCAGUUUUUGCAACAUUUUAGGGUUCUUCUCUUCUCUUCUCAGUGUGGUUUCCCUGGCACAGAUGUGUGUAUGAACAGGAUAUCUUAAUUUAUACGUUCAUGUAUUAUAUGUGUAUGUUCAGUCCUCAAUAUCUGAUUUCUCACAAAGAAUUUUCCAGUGAAUUAUCUAAAUGAAGCCAACAAUGAAUGAAUGUUUGUUACCUCUUAUCCUAUUGGACAGUUAGGACUUUUGGCUUAAGUUAUCUGGCUAACUAAGAAAUCAUGAGCUUUUUAUUUUACCAAAGCAAAGAAACUCAGUUUGCUAUAGUGGUUUAGAUACCAUCCGUGCAGUCGCUGCAUCGUGGAGCAUUAUAGGAAUAAGAGAAAUUAACGGGGAGUGUUUCAGAUACAGUGUCUGGUGAGUGCAUUUGUCUGGACCAGGACAAAGGUAAAGGGUUUAAGUAUGUUCAGCUAUAUUUAAGACAAUUGUCUAGUCCAGUCUGAUUAUAUUCUGGCAUUAAGCCCUAAUUGACACCUCCCUGAGAGAAAAUGGGCCAUUGCUGCUAUACUCUCUAUCUAAAUUUGCAUGAUAGUCACCAGGCCAUGGAUAUCUCAGGUCAACAAAGUCCUUCCUGCCUUACAUCAGCAGUAGACUAUGACAGGCAGAAAGACCUUCAUCCGUUGAAAGUUACGUUUAAACACACAAUGAUCCUCCUAUGGAGCCAGGAUUCAAGGCUAUAGCUCUGUUAUUGCUUCAUCUUUUCCGUACGUAACACAGCUGUUAUCCAACCGCCAUUGUGCUCCAUGUUUCAGAGGAAACUAGUUCAAUUCAGAUUUGAAUUACGCAUAGAAGUCUGCUUACAGGUUAAAGAUGUAGUAAAUGUAGCGAUAUAUAUGCUGAUGCUUAUAGUAUCUGAAGCACUGAUCACCUUUUCCCUGCAUUCAUAUUAACGUUUCCCUCUUAUACAGAGGAAAGUCUGUUUAAAGCUCUGACUCUGAGCUACUAUGACCCCAGAUCUCUGCAUAGGUCCAGUGGUUUCACUGUCUUAGGCCAGUUGAAGCAGUUGUACUAAUUUCAAUAAAAUCCUGUAGGCAUUUGUCCGGAGUGCAAUGCAGAUUCCACUCUGCCAGCUUGCACACUUCUCAAGUAUUACACUGAUAUGAAAUGAUGGUCAUUAUGUUUUCUUAAUGUAAUAAUAAUAAUAAUAAUAAUAAUAAUAUCUGUAUUUGGUACUUUUUAAGGCUGAUCUGAGAUCAGUUCUGUUUCUCUGCAAUGAUUAACACUAAGGGAACGGUUUCAGAAGCUGAUCCUAGUUCAGCAUUAACAGACUGCAUCAAGAUCUUGUAAUGAGUUCAGUUCAACGUACUCAUGAUGGCUGCUAUGGACCCUCAAGUAGAAAUGCACAAUUUAUCUAAUUAGAGAAUAUGAAGGGCAUUUUUUAAAGGAAUUUUCUGAUGUGUAUUCAUGAGGAGAGUCUAUGGCUUUAGAGAGAAAACAAUUGAAGGCCUAGUUGAUGGAGAGAAAUAUUUUGCAUGACAAGCUUAUCUCUGACUGAAUUUGACUGUGUAUAAUGACGUGAGCUCAACAAGGUAGAAGUAUAGGGAAAAGAUUAACAUUCCUUUCCAUGCUCAUGUGCUUUUUCUUAAACCAAGGACAGUAAUGUCAGACUUGUGGUAUAAUUAAUAAUUCCUGAUUUGCACCUUGAUUUGUCUGUGUGUGUUUUCAUGUUUAAUUUCUGACCUCAUACAGUAUUCUCACUCUACUAGUUAAAGAUGUAAUAAGUACCAUUGAAAUCUGAUGGAAUAUUAAUAAGAUAAAGGAUGUUGUAUGAGAAUUGAGGACUUACAGCAGUCUGGGAGCUCUGAAUAUCUGGAGCUUCAUUUAUUAAAAAACAAAUUUCAAAUCAAAAGUUCAUGAAUUUGAUCUUGCAUUAAAAUCAACAUACAAGUUAAUUAAAAAAAAAAGUUCAUAUUGAAAUAGGCUCAUAAACAUUUUCUGCUGAUACACUGGUUGACUGCACACUCCCUGUACUGGCUGAUGGCCAAAAGUUUGUGGACACCUGAACAUUACACCUAUAUAUGGUUCUUCCCCAAACCUUUACCACAAAGUUAGAAGCGCACGUUUGUGUAGGAUGUCUUUGUAUGCUGUAGCUUUACAAUUUCCCUUCACUGGAACUACAGUAAGAGACUCAAACCUGUUCCAGCAUGAUGAUGCCCCUGUGCACAAAGCGAGCUCCAUGAAGACAUGGUGUGUGAAGGUUGGAGUGGAAGAACUCGAGUGUCCUGCACAGAGCCCUGACCUCAACCCCAGAGAACACCUUUGGGAUGAACUGGAACACCGACUGAACCCCAGACCUCCUCACCAACAUCAGUGCCUGAUCUCACUAAUGCUCUUGUAGCUGAAUGAACACAAAUCCCCACAGAGAUGCUCCAACAUCUAGUGGAAAGCCUUCCCAGAAGAGUGGAGCUUAUUAUAACAGCAGAGGGGAACUAAAAAUUUAUUCUCCUGCAAAGGGAGAAUAAAUCUGGAAUGUGAUGUUCAACAAGCACAUAUGAGUGUGAUGGUCAGGUGUCUACAAAUUUUUGGUCAUAUAGUGUAAAUGCUUUUCAUCAGUCCAUACCCUGCCAUUGGCUGCCGAAGGUGAUCCCCCUCAGAGCGUUCUGCAUAGAGCUCAUUCCUUCAAAAUGGACCCCAGAAAUAGUAUAGAAUACAAAAUAUACCAAACAUUCAAGAGGGAACUUUUAAUUUUGUGAAAAGAUUUGUGAGAGGGAUGAGUGACAUCAGUCUAGUGAUUAGUGGGUUAAAGCUCACGCAGCUCCACCCGUGUUAUAUAGACAAUUGAAGGCCACUAGUCAUUCAUUCUCAUUCAUGUGUGUCUCGGAGAACAACAUUAACCUAGAAAGCAAACAGAUUUGUUCCCCUGGGGCUUCGGAAAAAGAAACCAUGUCCUGCUACAGUAUACUGUAUAGAAAUCUUGGAGAGGGUUUUAAGAUGGAGUUCUCAUUUAUCUAAGCACAGUUUUUGAGGUAGUUUGUGGUUUGAAAACAAUCAAGAGUGAAUAGUAUUUAGGAACAGUCAUUCAUGGAUGUUUUUUUUAAUCAUUUGUAGCCAUCUUAAAUAAUCUUAAUUAGCUUAUUCUCAGAAUCAGGCUGUUUCUAAAAAAAUUUUUUUAUAUAUAUCAAUGAAGCCACUGCACUUCUGAUGUUUCAUCAUGUGAGAUGCAGCAAUCCAAUAAUGUGAAGCAUUUGACAAAAGUCUGAAAGCAUUAGAUAAUAUAUGAACCGGUAGGUUACAUAUGUAACCGUGAUUCCAAGACUGAAUGGAGGACUGCCAGUGUAGUGCCAGAACUAGUAAAGUUUCCCUAUUUGCUGGCUUCCUAGCUGAGGGUUUGUAACACUUUGUGAUGCCUAUUCCAGAAAAUGCAUUUCAUGGACACCACUUACAAUAAGUGCUGAUACCUUUUUCUAUGGGGACUAAUGACUGCUCAAAGUGUCAGUAUUGCUCCAUCUUGAGGAUGAUGCAGAGCCUUAUUUGUGCCGAUACUGAGAGUUUGAGAAUAAGAACCACUUGAGGGCUGAUUCUGUUUCUACUGAGGAUAAGAGUCACUGCAGUUCUGAUGCUGCUCUAUUGAUGAUGAGAAUCACUCAUCCCAUUAGUACUGUACUCUUAUCGUUGAUGAGAAUCACUCAAGGUAAUGCUACAUCCUUCUCUUGGAGGCGAGGAUGGGGAUAUGCUUUUGAUCAAGACUACUAAGCACUUCCGUUGCUCUGGAUAAGGUCACUAGUAAAUGUGAAAUUCGCUCAAAGUCCCAAAUGUCCCAAAAUUGUGGGUGUUAAAUUAUCUAAACUAACUAUGUGUGGUUAGAUAAUUAAACUAUCUGUCUCCUGCUUUUCUUCCUUUUCUUCCUUUGCCUUGCCGUCACAUCAGUUGCAGUAGUUAUUUCAUAGCCUACAAGGUUCCUGAGACACAUUUGGCAUUAUGCUGCAAUUAGGGCAAGGCUUUGGUCAUGUCCAUCGUCCAGCUCCAUCAGUGCUUGGUGGGAUAAACCACUCACCAUUGUGCCUCGAAAUACAGGAGAUUAAGAAAUUGGACAAGGUUGAAAGUUCAACAAUUCACACGUUAGAAUUUACAAGCUAAGCAUGUUAUGAUCUUAAUUUCUCACCGUUCACAGCACAAAGCUGCUGCAUGACAACACAAACAAUAGGCCACAUGGUCUGCUCUUUGAGUCAGAUCAGUAAUAUCAGUAAUAUUAUUAGUAAUAAUUAUAUAAUAUAUAAUUAGUAUAAUAUAUAAUUAGUAAUAAAAUCUUUUACUAGGGUUUAAGAGCGAUCUUACCAUCUUGAAUCCACUUGUUCUGCUUCCUUGGCAAGACGGGAAUGUGAAAGAGAUUGAGUAUGAGGUAUCAGGGGCGUAUUAUAAGCUUCACACAUGAGGUCACUGUCACAAGAAAAUGAUUUUGCUUUUAGUACAUGGCUAAACACGAGUAAAUAGGAAACGUGGUUCCAAAGGGAAAGUACCCUGGUGGUCCAUGAUGCAAGGAAGUAGAACCAACAAUAUGUUGUUUUUGGGAAGAAAAAUAGUUUGUUUAAAUAACAUAGAGGCUUUUCUCUUUAACUCAAACCCUGAAGUUGCUCCAAAGGCCAACCUUUACCCCCUUAUUCUCCCUGCCUUUGUUUGCCUAUGCUUUGACUGCAGUGAAGUGAAUUUCUAUAUUGUCAGUAUUUUAUGUAGGUGCCAUUAUGCAUAAGAUAUGUACUGUAUGUCCCUGUAAUAUUUUGUUACCCCUUUCUCACCAGUCAGAUUUGAGAAAGAGAUAUGAGAGGUUGUUUUACUCCUUAACUACUGUGUACUCUAAAUUAUUUUUGAAUGAAUAACUUGUAAUUAAAAGCACUACAGAUGUGAUCACAGAAGUUUAGAUGGACUAUGUAGAAAUUGUUUGCCAGAUGAAAAUAUCCUUGAAAUUCGUGACCAGACUGCGUCAGUCUGCUAUUGACACUCUCAGAGAAACAAAUCACGAAUCAAUCCUCUGCUUCAACAAAUCUAACCAAAAGAGAAAAUUCUCAUAAGUGUAUAAGAAAGAGACUGUGUAAUAUAUAUACAGUUCUGCCUGACACGUUCGUGUAAUGUGAAAUAAUGAAGCCUCAUUUAUCGUACAUGUGAAUAUGUGCCAUUUUCUCAGAUACUGAUCAAAGAUAACUCUGAUGUGUGCCGAAUCCCAGGACACACACACACACACACACCUUUUAAACUGGAACAUAGAAAAAAAUACUGUUUUAUUCAUGCACAAAAAAGAUAUGCAGAAUAUCAGACAGGACAAAAUAUAUAUUUUUAAUUUUAAGUGGGGCUGUAAUUCCAAGGAGGAAUUUAAAAGGAGUACUGAAGAGAAGACAUGUCUUAAAAGAAAUAUAAAUGAUUAA